GCAACGGGCAGGAUGUGACGAUCUGCGGCCGGCGCGGGGGCGACCGUUGGGAGGGCGUGCGGCGGUUUCGUUUCCCGGGAGAGGCGGGUGGUGGCUGUUGGCGGCGCGAUGGUGGUGUGCGAUGUCUGCGGGCAGGCGCUCUCCUCGGAGGCGGCGGUGCGGCGGCACACGCAGCACACGCCCCCGGGCCGCCAGCCCCGCUGCCCGCUCUGCGGCGCCGCCGCCCCGGGCUGUGACGAGCUCCGCCGCCACAUCGAGGCGGCCCACCCGGGGCUGCCGGACGCCCGCCGCCCCGAGCUCGCCGUGGGGCCGCCCGAGUGCCCCUUCUGCGGGGAGGCGGCGGGGCAGGAGCUGGAAGCGCACGUCAGGGCGCGGCACGGGCAUCUGCUGGGCGCGCCGGGCACAGACACAGGAAAUUAUGAACAGCUAUAUGAAUGUCCAAUGUGCAGUCUUACCUGUACAGACAUUCAAAUUCUUGAAGAACAUGUGGAUUUACACUUAGAGGAACAUAACUAUUCAGAAGAUGGAAACAUAAGAGAUCUAGAACUGGCUCAACAGCUCCAAACUGAAGAAGAUGAACGGCAGAGAUCAGAAGAAGAUAAGCGAGAGAGGGAAGAAUUUAAAAAGCUGCAGAGACAAUAUGGCUUGGAUAAUUCUGGAGGCUACAAGCAGCAAUACCUAAAGUAUAUGGAAAAGGAAGUUGAUAGAGGAAGUAUGCAGCCUUUUGAAUACCACAAGAGAAAAGCUGAAAUGAUGGAAUGUUUGGCUUUUGGUAUAGAUGAUGGGAAAACAAAGACCUCAGGAGUCAUUGAAGCAUUGUGCAAGUACUAUCAGAAUGACAACAAAGAUGUCAGGCGUGUAUGGCUUUCAACAGGAGUCGAUCACUUCCACUCAUCUGUGGGUGACAGAGGCUGGGGUUGCGGUUACAGGAAUUUCCAAAUGCUCCUUUCCUCACUGUUGCAAAACAGCUUGUAUAAUGACUGCUUGAGAGAUACUACACUAAUUCCUAGUAUACCAAAGAUUCAAUCCAUGAUUGAAGAUGCCUGGAGAGAAGGCUUUGAUCCUCAUGGGGCAUCUCACUUCAACAACAGAUUACGUGGUUCCAAAGCAUGGAUAGGAGCAUGUGAAAUUUAUUCACUCUUAACCAGUCUCAGGAUAAAGUGUCAAAUCAUUGACUUUCACAAACCGACUGGUGCUAUGGGUACACACCCUCGUUUAUUUGAGUGGGUUUUGCAGUACUAUUCUACAGAUAAUGAAGGUGGUGCAAAGGUAGUGUGUACUUCCAAACCACCCAUCUACUUGCAACAUCAAGGUCAUAGUCGUACUGUCAUUGGAAUAGAAGAGAAGAAGAAUAAAACCUUAUGUUUGCUACUGUUUGACCCAGGAUGUCCUUCCCAAGAAAUGCAGAAACUGCUAAAACAAACCAGUGAUGGUACUAGUCUCAGACUACUUCGGAAAUUUUUGGGUAGCUUAAAAGAAAAGCAAUACCAGAUAGUGGCUGUAGGUGGUGUCCUCUCCUUGGAAGAGAAAGAUGCUCGCUGCCGUGCUUCUCAAGUCUUAACAUCAGAGAAGAUUCCUUAAAGGAUGCCUUUAAUUACCUCUUUUGGAAUCUGCUGGGUGCAAAACAUUGAACUUCUGGACUGUGCCCCUAGCUCAACAGUUUCUAGACUUAAACUGUGUCGCCAUAAGUGCUUGGGGAUUUUGGAGAAGCACAACAGUAGAGUAAAUCUGUAGUUUUGAUCUUCAGUUAAAACUCUGCCCUCCUGAUGAAUCUGUAACUGAAGUAUUACAGUUCUUGUUUUACUAGAAAAUUUGCUGUUUUCUUAGUUGCUUAAAUACGAAGCAACACAUACCAUCCUGUAGCAAACUGUGCACUGUAGUUAACUGUCAAUAAGCAGGGGAGAGAGAUAUUAUGGAACCACUUUAAUGGAGUGCAUCUGUAAAAUGUAUUUAUGGUGACUCUGUGGCCAGUGCUCUAUUUCUUAGCAAAUCUGAUCAACAAAUAUCUUAUGCCUCAGUAAUUUUUCCCUGCAACUAUUUGCAAAGUAGAGAGGUAGUUCAGUGACUUCACAUGAUACAGUCUGUUCUACCAGGGAGUAGUUUACUACUGAACCUCUUUUCAGGUAGCUGGCUUCUCUAGAUGUGUCACUUGCAAACUUGAACGUAUGUGCUUAUGAGGUGGAUUGAUGUCUGCAUUGGCUGUGAGGUCUAAGAUAGUGGUGUCCAAAGUAGGAUGUGUGUGCUCAAGGAGCUGUGCAAGACAAUCCAUUGGGGCAUAGGAAGCAGAUAUUCUUUUGUACUGUGAAGAAAUAAAAUAAAUAUUUCGUAGAA